UUUCCGGCGUACGCGCACAGUCGAAGAAGCGACGGAGGAACCGGUAGUCGGUUGUGAGAAUGACACGACAUGGCAAGAACUGCACGGCGGGCGCCGUCUACACCUACCACGAGAAGAAGAAGGACACGGCGGCCUCAGGUUAUGGGACCCAGAACAUUCGACUGAGCCGGGACGCCGUGAAGGACUUUGACUGCUGCUGCCUCUCUCUACAGCCCUGCCAUGACCCUGUUGUCACCCCGGACGGCUACCUGUAUGAGCGUGAGGCCAUCCUGGAGUACAUCCUUCACCAGAAGAAGGAGAUCGCCCGGCAGAUGAAGGCCUAUGAGAAGCAGCGGGGCGCCAGGCGAGAGGAGCAGAAAGAGCUGCAGCGGGCAGCAGCGCAGGACCAGGUGCGCGGCUUCCUGGAGAAGGAGGCGGCCAUCGUUAGCCGACCCCUCAACCCCUUCACUCCCAAGGCCGCUUCCUCUGGGAAUGGCCCAGAUGAUGCCCAGCCUGGACCCAGCGCGGGCCCGGCAAGCAAGGACAAGGACAAGGCACUGCCCAGCUUCUGGAUCCCGUCGCUGACGCCCGAGGCUAAGGCCACCAAGCUGGAGAAGCCGUCCCGCACCGUGACCUGCCCCAUGUCUGGGAAGCCGCUGCGCAUGUCGGACCUGACGCCGGUCCGCUUCACGCCGCUCGACAGCUCGGUGGACCGUGUGGGGCUCAUCACGCGCAGCGAGCGCUACGUGUGCGCAGUGACCCGCGACAGCUUAAGCAACGCCACGCCCUGCGCCGUGCUGCGGCCCUCUGGGGCCGUGGUCACCGUUGAGUGCGUGGAGAAGUUGAUUCGGAAGGACAUGGUGGAUCCGGUGAACGGGGAGAAGCUCACGGACCACGACAUCAUCGUGCUGCAGCGGGGCGGCACGGGCUUCGCGGGAUCUGGAGUGAAACUGCAGGCCGAGAAGUCGCGGCCGGUGAUGCAGGCCUGAGAUGCUGGGCGGUGGGAGAACGAAUAAAGGCGCUUGG